CAGCCGCCGCCGCUGCCGUGUUUACUGAGCUCGCGCGUCCUGAUAUCACUCCGCUGGCAUGGAGGAGGAGGAGGAGGAGGUGGAGGAGCGAGAGGAGGCGGCGGCGGCGGCGGCGGCGGCGGCGAGCAGUUGAUCAUUGUGAUGGUGGCAGGAGCAGCGGCGGCAGCGGCAGCCCAGCCGAGCGUUAGGGGCUGCUCUCCGCGCGGCGUUUUGCAAAGGACUUCGCCGAUCUACUUUUGCAGUCGCCUCGGACUGUCCAUGUGUUUACUUCCCCCAGCCCGAGGAUUCGCUAUCUAGGAUCCUGUGAAAUGCAACUGAGCAGCCAAAGUACUUUGAGAACACGGGGCGGCAUAAACACCAAAACUUUUUUGUGGAAGGAAAAUGCAAUAGGCAAGCUUGCCGUUUUCCGAUGCGGCGUGGAGUGAGUGUGUGUCGCGCGUGUCCGCACUGGAGGCAUAUGCUUGUGUGUGUGUACAUGGGGUGUGCUUUUCGGUACGUAGGGAGAAAACGCUUGCCAGCCACCGGAAACCUCCUGGAAUUUAUUAGAAAAUAAUGGAUUAUCAAAAGAAGGCAGGAGAGGAGCGGAUCUCCCCUUGAGUUGCAACCCGAUUUGCUGCUGGCUCAGUUUUGUUGUGAUUCUUUUUUGUUGAUAGGUGUCUGAUGGCAUUCUGAUCUCCCCCUUUUUUUCUUCCUUGAGCUUUACAGUUUUUACAAAAAAAAAAAAAAAAAAGGGAAACAAAAAACCACCCCAAAAUCUCCCCCCCCCCUUUUUUUUUUUGCCCCGUCGGGAUUGCUGUUUCCAUCCAUGUGCUUGCGUCUCCCCCGCGUUCCACUUAAACUAUUUUAAUCCUUGGACCCAAGGAGGAGGCUGAUAGGGGGGGUGGAUAAAAAAAGUUCUUCCAAAAUAGUGUGCCCUGGGAGCAGGAUGGGGGAUUUCGCAGCCCCCGCUGCUGCUGCCGCUGCCGCGAAUGGCAGUAGUAUUUGCAUCAACAGUAGCCUGACCAGCAGCAGCAGCCUCGCCGGGGCCGGGAUCGGUGCGAAUAAUACUCCCCAUAGCACUCCAGCUGCUCCGAGUAGCAGUCACCCCGCUGCCGGCUGUGGCGGCGGCGGCGGCGGCGGCUCCGGGGGCCACGGCGGCGGCUCGGCGGCCGUCCCCAAGCACAGCACCGUGGUGGAGCGGCUCCGCCAGCGCAUCGAGGGCUGCCGGAGGCACCACGUCAACUGCGAGAACAGGUACCAGCAGGCUCAGGUGGAGCAGCUGGAGCUGGAGCGGCGGGACACGGUGAGCCUCUACCAGCGCACUCUGGAGCAGAGGGCCAAGAAAUCAUCGGGCGCCGGCAAGCAGCAGCAGCAGCAGCAGCACCCGAGCAAACCCCAGCAAGAUGCGGAGGCUGCCUCGGCCGAGCAGAGGAAUCACACGCUGAUCAUGCUCCAAGAGACUGUGAAAAGGAAGUUGGAAGGAGCCCGAUCACCACUUAAUGGAGACCAGCAGAAUGGUGCUUGCGAUGGGAGUUUUUCUCCAACCAGCAAGAGAAUACGAAAGGAUAUUCCCACAGGGAUGGAAGCCAUCAACAGUUUGCCCAACAACAUGCCACUGCCUUCAGCUUCUCCUCUGCACCAACUUGACCUGAAGCCUUCUUUGCCCUUGCAAAAUAGCGGGACUCACACUCCUGGACUCCUAGAAGACCUAAGUAAGAAUGGUAGACUCCCAGAGAUUAAACUUCAGCCUGUGAAUGGUUGUAGUGACCUGGAAGAUAGCUUCACCAUCUUGCAGAACAAGGACCUCAAACAAGAACCUCUAGACGACCCUACUUGCAUAGACACAUCAGAAACAUCUCUUUCAAAUCAGAACAAGCUGUUCUCAGAUAUUAACCUGAAUGACCAGGAGUGGCAAGAAUUAAUCGAUGAGCUGGCUAACACGGUUCCUGAAGAUGACAUACAGGACCUGUUCAAUGAAGACUUUGAAGAGAAGAAGGAGCCAGAAUUCUCGCAGCCAGCGACGGAGACCCCUCUCUCCCAGGAAAGCGUGAGCGUGAAGAGCGACCCCUCUCACUCUCCUUUUACACAUAUCUCCAUGGGAUCUCCCCAGACAAGGCCUUCUUCUUCUGGUCCUCCCUUUUCCAACGUCUCCACAGCCACCAGUUUACCUUCUGUUGCCAACACUCCUGCGGCUCCGAACCCCGCCGGCUCUCCAGCAAACUGUGCGGUCCAGUCCCCGCCAACUCCAAACCCGGCCCACACCCCGGGCCAAGCUCCACCUCGGCCUGGCAAUGGUUAUCUCCUCAAUCCAGCAGCAGUGUCAGUCACUGGCGCGGGGUCCGGGCCAGGGGCUGUGCCCAGCUCCGACAUGUCUCCAGCGGAGCAGCUCAAACAGAUGGCGGCACAGCAACAGCAGAGGGCCAAGCUCAUGCAGCAGCAGCAGCAGCAGCAGCAGCACCAUCCAAACCAGACUUCCAGCUGGUCCCCGCUAGGGCCUCCAUCCAGUCCAUACGGCGCCGCUUUCACCGCAGAAAAACCAAAUAGCCCCAUGAUGUACCCCCAAGCCUUUAACAACCAAAACCCCAUAGUGCCUCCGAUGGCAAACAACCUGCAGAAGACGACAAUGAAUAACUACCUCCCGCAGAAUCACAUGAACAUGAUCAAUCAGCAGCCAAAUAACUUGGGUACAAACUCCUUAAACAAACAGCACAGCAUUCUCUCUUAUGGCAACACUAAGCCUCUGACCCACUUCAAUGCGGACUUGAGUCAGAGAAUGACGCCGCCCAUGGCCAAUCCCAACAAAAGCCCCCUGAUGCCCUACAUCCAGCAGCAGCCGCAGCCGCAGCCGCAGCAGCAGUCGCAGCCGCAGCUCCAGGCUCCGCGGGCGCACCUGAGUGAGGACCAGAAGCGCAUGCUUCUCAUGAAGCAGAAAGGAGUGAUGAACCAGCCGCUGGCGUACGCCGCACUGCCAUCCCACGGUCAGGAGCAGCACCCCGUUGGGCUUCCCCGGACUUCGGGCACCAUGCAGUCCUCCGUGCCCCCGGGCUCAAGUGGCAUGGUCUCCAGCACCAGCCCCUCGGGUCCGGGCUUCCUGGGCAGCCAGCCCCAGGCGGUCAUCAUGAAGCAGAUGCUCAUUGACCAGCGGGCCCAGCUGAUGGAGCAGCAGAAGCAACAGUUCCUGCGGGAGCAGAGGCAGCAGCAGCAGCAGCAGCAGCAGAUUCUUGCCGAGCAGCAGCUGCAGCAGUCACAUGUACCCCGGCAGCACCUCCAGCCCCAGCGGAAUCCAUAUCCCGUGCAGCAGGUCAAUCAGUUUCAAGGCUCUCCGCAGGACAUGGCGGCCGUGAGAAGCCAAGCGGCCCUCCAGAGCAUGCGGACGUCGAGGUUGAUGGCGCAGAACGCAGGCAUGAUGGGCAUGGGGCCCUCCCAGAACCCGGGGACAAUGGCCACGGCCGCUGCCCAGUCUGAGAUGGGACUGUCCCCGUACAACGCCACGCCCACCAGCCAGCCGGGAAUGUACAACAUGAGCCCAGGAAUGACCCAGAUGCUGCAGCACCCGAACCAAAGCGGCAUGAGCAUCGCACACAGCCAGGCCCAGGGCCCGCCGAGGCAGCCCGCCUCCGGGCAGGGGGUGGGGAUGGUGAGCGGGUUCGGUCAGAGCAUGCUGGUGAACUCCGCCAUGAGCCAGCAGCACCAGCAGAUGAAAGGGCCGGUGGGCCAGACCCUGCCCAGGCCCCAAGGCCCGCCGAGGCUGCAGAGCAUCAUGGGAACGGUCCAGCAGGGAGCCCAGGGCUGGCAGCAGAGGAGCUUACAGGGGAUGCCUGGGAGGACUAGUGGAGAGCUAGGGUCAUUCAGCAACGGGGCCAGCUACUCCCUGCAAGCCGGCCAGCCGAGGCUGACCAAGCAACACUUCCCGCAGGGACUGAGCCAGGUCGUGGACGCGAACACGGGCGCCAUGAGGACCCUCAACCCGGCCGCCAUGGGCCGGCAAAUGAUGCCACCGCUCCCCGGGCAGCAAGGGACCGGCCAGGCCAGGCCGAUGGUCAUGUCCGGCCUGAGCCAGGGCGUCCCCGGCAUGCCAGUGUUCAGCCAGGCCCCGGCCCAGCAGAUGCCCGGUGGCAGCUUCGCUCCCGGCGGCCAGAGCCAGGCCUACGAGCGGACGGCCCCUCAGGACAUGCCCUACAGCUACAGCGGGGACACGGCCGCGGCCUCCUUCCCGGGCCUCUCGGACAGCGCCGACCUCGUGGACUCCAUCAUCAAAGGCGGGCCGGGGGACGAGUGGAUGCAGGAGCUCGAUGAGUUGUUUGGAAACCCUUAGUCGGGAGGGGGCCCGGCGGGCAGAAGAAACAGGAUGUGGGCCCAUCCUCGUUUUUUGGGGGUUUUUUUGACCCACGUAAACUGAGCGACACUGCAGCCGGCUGAGAGCGGGAGAUCGGGGUGCCAGUCCGCCCCAUGGGGCCUCCUUUCACCCCGCGUUCACACAGCAGUCACCACGAGGCCAGGCAGAGCCCGGCUGCCAGAGAGGGAGCAGCAGCAGAGGUGGGCGGGGAAGGCGACCCUGAGCCUCACGCUGCACCCCCUGCUCCGGCCCAGGCGGGCUGCUGCCCGCGGCCAGGGCCAGGCCUCCGUCAGCCCCUCCGGGUCCGGGUGCAGAGCCUGCAGCGUUGGAGACACAAGAGACAGAGCCUCAGGCAGGAGGAGGAGCCCCACAGAGGCUGCUGGGUGGUGGCACAGGCCGAGAGCCCAGGUCACACGUGUGCUGAGCCCUGGCUGCAAAGAGACCUCAGGCUUCAGGACCUGGAUGUGGAGAACAGACACACAACGGGGCCGGGCAGGGAGAGCGCAGAGGCCCCCGCAGGCCCGCCUCCUGCCCGUGAUGACCCUCAGGAAGGCCGGCGCCGGCGGCGUUGCCCAGGGCUGCCUCCCCAGGACAGCCAGUGAGCUGGGAGGAGGGCCGGGCCCGCCGCUGGGGACCGGGUGGCCACCACUCCCGGUUGUUGGUCUGGAGCCUCCCGGAAGCCCAGAACGACAGACACGUCCAGGCAGUUCCCAUCUAUUACGGGCGCCACAGGGCGGGGAACCCGGAGGACGCUGUGUCCUGCCCCAUGACCGCCUCCCUCCCCCACCCCACUUUCGUCCCUCCCGUGUCUACCCCGGCGUCCUUCCAAGAAGUGAUGGCGUUUUUGUCUCUAGGGAAGUUGGGCAGAGUCCAAAUAAAUGCAAGAGCUUAGGCGAUGUCUGAAUUGCCAAGGCGACCCUGGAGUGUUCUUUCUCAACCGCGUGUGGAGCUGAGGGGAUAGUCUGCCCGGGACUGAGCAGGCUCGGGGGGGCUCACACCCUCUGCACCUGGCACCUCUGGGCACCCAGGGAGGACCUGCCUGGGGGGCUCCCCUGCGGGGAAACCCGGAGGCGAUGCACUAAAAUCGGCCUUGCCCGUAAUCCCUGCUCAGCAGAAAGACAAAUCUAAACCCCUGAGGGAGGAGGCGCUGGAAUAUCAAUCACUCCACCUUACCUGUUUUGGUGGCAUAAGCGAGAAAGAUAUGGUCCCUUCCAUUCGGGCUGUCACCCACUUCACACGUCCUGCACAGUGUUCUCUGUGUCAUUCACUUCAAACUGCCCUCCCUGGAGGCUGCCCAAAGGGAUCAGCUAGCUCCUCCAUCGUCAGGCUUGUCUCUUAUUUACACGGGCCCCCUCCCACCGUCCCGUAGUGGAGGCCACAUGGCGUAACCGUUGCCCUGAGUGAGAGUAGCAUGUUCUCUUCUCCUCCUACCCUUUCUCUCCGUGUCCGGGAGGCUGGCUCCCUUCGGAGCAGCUCGUCCCCCCUGAGCCCCGGCUGGGGACCCCGACUGGCAGCCCCGGAGGAAAGAAGGUCCUGAGAAGGGAGUUCCAAUGGGACAUGGGACCGGGGUGGGGGUGGGGGGGGACACACAGAGGAUGUAGAGGCAGCCUUGACUUACUCCCCAGGGCCCAGGGUUGCAGAUGCAUUCAGUGAGGGCCAGGUGGCAGGAGCCCAGGCAGGGGCUGUGCUCUCUCUGGGAGGUGUUAGCAGGGUGACCGUGAGCACCUGCAGGCGGACAGACAACACCAGGGAGGCUCCUGCGUGGAAACAGAAGAAAACCAAAAAAAAAAAAAAAAAAAAAAAAAAGUAAGCAAACAAGACAGAAUAUAUAAUUGCCUUUUUCUGAAAGGUACAGGAAGUAAAUAUAUACGCAAUGAUGAGAGGCGGGAGGUGGCUGGUGGAGGCGUGGCUCUAUUCCCUUUGAGAAGCUCCCUCCAAACGCUCAGUCCUGGGACCAACUAACUAGAGAGGUAGAUUUUAAUAACGUUGUUCUGUUUUUGUUUUUACUACGGUGCUGAUGUAUAUGUAAUGUCUAAAGAAGUUAUUUGUAAAUAAGUUUUUACAAUACUGCAGAUAUCACUGGGUCUACUAUCUGUAAAAAAAUAUAUAUAUACAUAUAAAUAUAUAUAUAUAUAUACUGUUUGUUUAAAAUAGAGUAUUUUUAUUUCAUCCCUUAACUCAUCAUCACAGCAGUGGUAUUGCACUUCAGAUGACAUCUAAUUACUAAUUUGUACUGUAUGACCUAUGGCAACUUGCUCCAUUUUAUUCAGAUUUUUCUAGUUUUCUCUUUUUACUUUGUACAUUGAGCAUUGCUUACUUCCUCUUAAGAAAUGUACAGAACUCUAAAAUGUAGAAAUGAAGUGAUGUUGACAUACCACUUUUAAAGA